AACAAGAUCUGUAUUAUGUCAGCAUCCAUUCUUCUGAUUGGUGGAUGUACCGACGGAGCUGAAGUUGGUGCGUUGCGAUCUAUCGAAGAAGUGACUUUUCAACGGACGUCGUCUGGCUUAAAUAUCAGUUCUCGACUAGAAUGUUCCGGUGUUGUGAUUGGCGGGUUUAAUGGGACUGAUUGCUUGAAAACCAUGGAGCUUUUCCGACUAAACAAUGACCAGAUAGCCCUAAAACGAUUGGACGAUAUCCCCUUUCGAUUAAAAAAUAGUGUAGCCGCUGCCGUGGACAAUGACAGUAUUCUGCUGUUUGGUGGAUGGGAUGAGGCUCGUACGAUGAGAACAGUAUUCAGAUUGAAGUUUAAUAAGGAGAAGUGGUCUUACAACAUCUAUAUGGAAUCUCUAUUACCGUACGAAGUGGAAGCUCACUGUUGUGUUUAUCAUAAAGGCUAUAUUUAUAUAAUAGGAGGUUAUGAUGGUGUCUCUGUUGUGAAUACCAUCAUUCGUUAUUCAGUAGAUGAGAGGACCUGCGAGCAAUGGGGACCAGAGAAUGAUGAGGAUAAGUGA